AUGGAGCUGCUGUUUUCGGCCCAACCAAACUAUGUUAGUGACGUGAUCAAGUCAUCGCGUUGUAGUGCAAGGUCGCGGGGCUUGUGGACCAUCCAAGCAACCUCUCUGAUAGGUGAGGGAUGCUCCCUCCCCAUCACGCUUAUGUCUUGGUUCAGGUGCACUAAACAAAAUCACUGCAUAGGUCCACAAACCAGAUGUGAACCACUUCGGCUCUACUCCACUCCCGGGAUGAUGUCUUAUCUUAGAGAACUUAUCAUGCGAGCGGAAGACCAAUCCGCAACUCGUAACCGUCCAGCGCUUUGGGGACCCCGGGACUUGGGCCUACGCAAGGGCCGUGCUCCUAUCCUCUCAGGAGAGGCGCGAGAAUAUUGCUUUUUCUCACUCUCCGUAAACAGAGGAUACACGAAUAUUGACGCGACCGAGCGAAAAGGUUCAUGCAUACUCAACAUGCCAUUAUCGACUGACCCAAAAUUGGCCAGAGUGAACCGAAACUCGUAUACCCAUGAUGAAAUCCAGCUUCAUGGACUAGCACCACGCAGACGAGGUCAGAAAGCCAACCCAGCCCGCUCACUCAUUACCGAGUGUGGCUCACAGAAUCCCCUCCAGGUAGACGUUUCCGUCGACACGAUAUCAACGAUCCGCAAUGAAUCACUAGAUGCAGGGCUGUCAGCAAAAGGCAACACUAAGACGGAUGACGCUUCUUCUUCAGAUGACAAUAUCCAUAUGUCUUUUGAUGUCAUUGUUGGGUCGCGCUGGAAGGAAGCAAUCCAGGCCAAUGAUAUUCAAGCGGCGAAAAUUCUGAUCGAGGAAGGGCAGCUGGAAGCCCGUUUUGAUCAUUUGUUUGAGGGAGAUGAGGAUGUCACAACGGGGCUGACCCCUCUCCUGCUUUCGACCUUUAUACCAUGCACUGAAAUUGUCAAGGCUGCUCCCUAGGUGCGCUUCUAGAGACGGAGCCCCUGCUAGACACAUACACUAUCUGGCAAAAGACUAGGAUUCUAAGCCACUAGUCUCAGAUGCGCAUCCCUUAUAAGCUUGACCCCUCUAGAGGCUGUCACAGAAAUUGCCGAAUUUUUACUUGACAAGGGGGCUGACAUUUCUGUAAAAACAACAAGUGCUGGUCAACCGCCAUUCAUUUUGCCAGUACGACAGGGGACGAACAUCUUGUGGAUCUUCUGUCGAAGAAGGGUGCUUCGCUUGAGGCCAGAA